GCAGGCCACUCGUCGAAAAAAUCCCAUACCUCAAGAGCGCCCCUCGACCCAAGUUUUCUCUCUCUCCUUCAACCUUCAAAGGGAAAAUCCUGAUCAUCCAAGAACAAAGAACCUCUUCCUAGAUUUCAGCCGGCCCUCGUAUUACUCGAGUGCCUUUGGAUCUAGUCGACUUUACUUUCUACUCGCAACCCGUUCGCAGCCCCCCGUUGGAGGAUUCUGCGACUUUUUUUUCCUCUUCACCAACCCCACGAUCUCUCAAGUCUAGGUCGAGCUGUGCUUGAUCUAGCCUUUAUAACCACCAAACCGCAAUCAUGGCUGACAAAGGUCUCGAGGAUGUCGCUGAGGGCCAGAUCGAGUCUAACUACGACGAGACUGUCGACUCCUUCGAUGACAUGAGCCUCAAGUCGGAGCUCCUCCGUGGUGUGUACGCCUACGGUUUCGAGCGUCCCUCUGCCAUCCAGCAGCGCGCUAUCAUGCCCGUCAUCAAGGGCCACGACGUCAUUGCCCAGGCCCAGUCCGGUACUGGCAAGACCGCCACCUUCUCCAUCUCCGUCCUCCAGAAGAUCGACCCCAGCGUCAAGGCCUGCCAGGCCAUGAUCCUUGCUCCCACCCGUGAGCUGGCCCAGCAGAUCCAGAAGGUCGUUGUCGCCAUUGGCGACUUCAUGAACAUUGAGUGCCACGCCUGCAUUGGCGGUACCAGCGUUCGCGAUGACAUGAAGGCCCUCCAGGACGGUCCUCAGGUCGUUGUCGGUACCCCCGGUCGUGUCCAGGACAUGAUCCAGCGCCGCUUCCUGCGCACCGACUCCAUGAAGAUGUUCGUCCUCGACGAGGCCGAUGAGAUGCUUUCUCGUGGUUUCACCGAGCAGAUCUACGACAUCUUCCAGCUGCUUCCCCAGUCCACCCAGGUCGUGCUCCUGUCCGCUACCAUGCCCCAGGACGUCCUUGAGGUCACCACCAAGUUCAUGCGCGACCCCGUCCGUAUUCUCGUCAAGAAGGAUGAGCUCACCCUUGAGGGUAUCAAGCAGUUCUACAUCGCCGUCGAGAAGGAGGAGUGGAAGCUCGACACUCUGUCCGACUUGUACGAGACCGUCACCAUCACCCAGGCUGUCAUCUUCUGCAACACCCGCCGCAAGGUCGACUGGCUCACCGACAAGCUCACUGCCCGUGACUUCACUGUCUCGGCCAUGCACGGUGACAUGGAGAUGGCUCAGCGUGACCUGAUCAUGAAGGAGUUCCGCUCCGGCUCCUCCCGUGUCCUGAUCGCCACUGACCUCCUGGCCCGUGGUAUCGAUGUCCAGCAGGUCUCCCUGGUCAUCAACUACGAUCUCCCCGCCAACCGUGAGAACUACAUCCACCGCAUCGGUCGUGGUGGCCGUUUCGGCCGAAAGGGUGUCGCCAUCAACUUCGUCACCGCCGACGAUGUCCGCAUGAUGCGCGAGAUCGAGCAGUUCUACAGCACCCAGAUUGAGGAAAUGCCCAUGAACGUGGCCGACCUCAUCUAAGUGUGGAGUCUGAAUACGACGUAUACGCCUGGGUCCUCCCGCUCAUCGAAGCCCUAUCUACUUGAAGCGACUCGACGACACAAGGACUGUUCAGGCACAAAACUUUUCAUUUGUCAGAAUUUUUACUGUCCAGUGAUGAUAGAACUUCGAUUCCGUUUUUAGAGGGCUAUUCCAGGCUGCCACAAAAAGGAAUGUGGUCUGGGGACGUCUCUGCCCGGGGAGAAAGCAAUGAAGAAUGGCACCGUGAUGAAGGCUCGGGAAGCCCUCAGCGCCUUAACGACAAAAAAAGGUGCAUCAGGGCCGCCAAAAAGUAAUGCAAUGACCUUUAUGCUGUUCCGCGGCUGUUUAUGUAUUUACGGGGUCCUUCUCACGAAAUGAAUCAAAAAUUUAAAAAUG